AUGGCAGUUUUCAGCGAGCUCAAAGCGCAGGACAGACUACCGGGCUGGGUGAAUCCUACUACGCUGAAACCUGUAGCCGCCUACGACGCAUGCGACAGCUGCAGGUUCAUGGUUGGCGUGCCUAUAAUGCAUUGGACGUUUGCCAGAGUUGCACAACUCGGGUUUGCCUCGGGAAACCAGGACCAUGAAGGCUUUCCUACCAAUACGCCGGACCUGAAAGCUGCUGUCAAGGCAGGCAAAAACGGUCGCUUCGGUACACUCACGUUUUACGAAAGCUCGCCGGAUGUUCAGCGCUACUAUUGCUCACGCUGUUCCGCAAGCGUAUUUUACGCAGUGGAUGAUUUGCCUGACCAGGUCGAUAUCGCCAUGGGUCUUCUUCAUGCACCAGAGGGCUCAAGAGCCGGGUCCUGGGUCGAAUGGGAAUGGGGCGGCCUCGGGCAUAAAGACAAUACUAUCGGUGGAUGGCGAGAAGAAUUUGGGGCAUCGAUUUCGGUAGAAAUAGCUUGGCCAUGGUGUCUCGUGCCUAUGACCAGGGCGGUGGCAGGCAGCUUGCAGGUCGUCGCCUACGCCAAGAUUCCUUGCCAGCCAGAAGAGGCUUUAAUAUGGUAA